GCCAUCCUUCCGAUCCUGAUCGCCAACCCCCAUUCAGCUUCGCCCACCGCAGCCGCAGCAUGACCGUUGCCAAAGUACCCGUAUUCCAGUCGAGCCCUGCGGCACUCCAUGAUGUUCUGUUGCAAGACGCCAACGGCUCUCUUGCCGAGUUCAAGCAGAUCAUCGAUCGUCGGCUCGAAUCACCCGAUGUGCUCAGUCAGAUCGCUGUGCUCAGCUCGGCCUCGGUCUCCGAGCUGCCAAGCUAUUCGUUUGUGCGCUUCCGAGCCAUGAUCCAGGACAAUGGCCUCUCCCCGCAAAUGUUCUUGAAGUCUGUGCGUUUGCAGAGCACCAACGACGGCUCCGAGCGAGUUGUCCCAAACUACUUUAUUGACGACGUCCAGGUGCCCGAGGGCUUCACGGUCGUCCAGCCAAGCUUCAGUCACUCGGAACUCGACACCAAGCAAUGUUACUUUUGCGUCAACGUCCCUGCCGAGAGCUCCUGGCUGGCGCCGCCUGGCACAACCACGCCGCCGCCCGCGGCCUCCGCUUCUGAGCGAAUGCCCAUUUCAGAUAGCCACUCCAUUGCCGUGGUGGUCAAGGUCCCUGGUGAGGAUCCUCAGUUCAAACUGAAUGAAACGGUCGACUUUUAUGGGAUACUCGAGCACCCGGCGACAGCCUGCUCCGACAGCGACAACUGCUGCGAGGACGAUUUUGACGAUUUUGACUAUCAGGGCAAGCUCCUCAAGCAGCAUCCAUGUUUGACGGUCGUCACAUACAAGCGUAAUAUCUCGGUUCUCGACUCGAUUCGAGAACAAGCCGAAGAUGUCGAUGCCGAGGCAACUUGCAGCAGAAUCCGGGCGUACCUGACCGAUGUUCUGCAGGGCGACGAACUCGCUGCCGACUAUCUCCUGCUUCACACGCUCUCCAAAAUCCGCAACCGCUCGCAGGAUAACCUCGGCUAUUUCCCCAUCAACCUCACCAACGUCUCUCCCUCAUCGCUUGGAGAGGAGUUUGCCAGCACGCUCACUGCUGCCCUGGGGGCACUACUGCCAAAGCACCACUAUCUCCCUUUGACUCUGGACAAGCUCGAAAAGGGACGAGUGGUACCCCGGCUCGAGAACGACCGAGGCCUUCUCUCGGGCGAGCUGCAACUCACCGAUGGAACGCUCCUGAUCGUGGACGAGACCCGCAUGAACGAAGGUACCCUCAAGGAACGGGGCCUUCUCAACCUGAAGGCUAUUCACGGCCUCAUCCACAACGCCGCGCUGUUUUACGAGUCAGAAUACACUGAGCUGGAACAGCACGCCGACCUGGGGAUUGUUGUGUUGAGCCAGGGCAAGUCUCUGUUCCCGAUCGACUGCGUUAUCCCCGUUAACCCCUCGGGUAUCGCACCGGACGCCAGGACACAGCUUUCGGAGGAGGAGCUGGCUCAAGCGAGAGCAACGCUGCUCAAGCUGAGAGAAUCGGAGUACUCUGUGCCCGAGGACAUGCUUUCGCAUGUUCAAUCCUCCAUUGCCGAGUUUCGCAAGCUGGAUCGCGAGUCUGGGCGAGGAGCCAAGACGUCGCAGGACUUUUUGCGGAUGCUGGAAAUCGCUCGGCUGCUCAGCAAGGUCUCUGGUGAAGUUGUGCUGACCCCCCAGACCUGGGAACGGGCCGUCGAGAUGGAGAAGCAGCGACUUGGCAGGAUUGAGCAGCUCACCCGGCGGGCAUGAUGGCGCCUUGCCAUGCCCCUCCGUUCAUGACGGCAGCUGGCCCCGAUGCGUUUAUGUUUUGGGGAGUGGACGUGCUUUGAAUACAUAUCCAGCGACUGCAAUCUG